GUAUCUGGUGGAUGGAAGCGACAUGGAGGUGAACAGAAACGAGGUGCCUUUAUAUGGACAAGUUGAGAGUUGUGUAAGGAUACAAGAAAGAGCUCCUCAUGAUGCCCAGUUUUACAUUGUUGCCCAAGGCUCCAAGCUUACACAUGUGACAGAAGCAAAACGAGGCAAUGAUGAGCAAACCCUUUACUUUACUGUUCCAGGCCAUGACUGCGUAGAAGUCGUUUCUGUCACAGCCUAUUUUUACACAAAUGAUCAAGUUAAUCCAUGUGAGGGUAAAGCAUACCUCGAAUACCUCAGAGAUGUUCCCCAGGAAGCUGCAGAGUACCUGAGUGCAAACAGAGACCAGUUUGGCCCUCAUAGCUACGAAGAGGUCCUGCAGAGGUUUCCUGUGUUAUCGCAGGCAGCUGGUGGGCAGCUCUGUGGUGGACUGUUGCACUACAGAGACCAGAUCGGACCAAGUUCAAGCGAUGACCUGAAGCUGCUGGAUGAGAAGAUCACACUGGCCCUGUCAAGCAUGGAUUAUCCUCUGCAGUGGAAAAACACAGACUGUCAGCCUGGAGAAAGGAAUGAAAAAGAACGUGACCCCAAAGGAAACCUCCUUCAUGUUGCAGUGCGACUGGGUUUGGUUCAUCUUGCCUGUUUCUUACUUCAUCAACGGAGAAGUCAGAGUGUGCUGAUGUCACCUAACGAGGACCAAGAAGAACCGCCACUCCAGCUGGAUCAGAGGGACGGGCUUCAUUCCAUGUUCAGGAUGCUCGCAGAGUCUUCAAGACUUGCGGUUGGCCCUCUGCUGGGAGUUUGGUGCUUAUGGUCUGACAGCUCCUGCAUGCUGAGGUUUUGUCCAAAGUUGGGUUCUGUAAUCCUCACUGUGCGCCAGCCUCCUGGUAGCUGUCCUCACGAUGCCAUCAUGGUCCUUCAAGAAAAACUGCGAGACCUCAGAAUCCACAAACUGAUCAAUGUGCUCAGAGCUGAUGCUGACGGAGACACAAGAGAUGGAGAUGAAGGUCAUCUGAGUCAUGAAGGUAUCAGGAAGCUGGUGGAUAAGAAUCUGCUGGUGGACAAUGUUUUUGAUGAACAACCCACAAUGUGUUUGAAUGAUGACGACAGUGAAGAAGAAAACUCAGCUUCUUUAUCUGUAAAUGAGCAUCUCCUGCAGACUAAUGAAGUUCAGAACCAGUUCAACCAGGAUGAAACGGAUGCUUUGAUGUUCCCGAUGAGCAGCAACCAUCAGCAGGCUUGUAACGUUAAGUUCAGGGUUGGUGGUGCAACCAGGGACAGCACGGGGACGGAUGGCACCUUGUGGAACACCGAGGAUCUUUUUCUCGCAACCGACACCCCUCCACCCGGUUUAGGAAAUUCAGUACCUUGCUCCCUUCCCUUCUCACCUGUGGAUCACACAAAACUGGACUGGCCUCAUGCCGCCGAGCAGAACGAUCAGAAAGACAGUCUAACGAUAGAAACCUGCGACCUCAGUCUGGUUGCUCUGGAAGUGGACAGUGAGGACGAGAGAACAGAGCCACAGUCUCCAGUGUCCCCUCUCCUGUCAGACAUUGGGAAAACUGAAGACGGAAGUGGACCGGCUCGAGCAGCUCCAGAUCUCACCUGUACUCGCAGCCAGUCGGCCUCAAUAUGUGAACCCGUCUCAAAAGAACUGAGCAAGGAGGGGGUUCGGUUACGCUCCUACUCCUACUCAUCUCCAAAGAUCAGCUUCCUUCCCACUCGUCAUCCACGGGACAACCACACAUCAGAAAACAGUCAUGAUGGCGCUCUCCACAGUGUCAGCCACAGCCGAGCUCUCCUUCAGGCGCUGUCUUUGUCUAAAUCCACCCUGUCUCUGUCUCUGCUGCACCCUGGUAAGCAAAGAGCCUCCAGCAUAUCAGAACAUUCUCAUGAGAAAAGGGAGGUCAGGUUCCGUAAACGAGCCCAGUCUGCUGACAAUGAGAGCAGCAUGGAGCUGGCAGAGUCCCUUCAACAUCUCACCCUGUCUGAGUUUCUCAAAGAAAUCGAAGAGGAAGAGUUGGAAAAAUGUAGCAUUCCAACCAAGACAGAGUCGGAGAAGUACAAAGUUAUUAGGACCUUCAGCUUUCUAAAGAGCAGGAUGUCCAGUACCCGCAACAAGGGCAAGGGAAAAGGAAAGGAAAGAGAAGCCAUGCAGCUAAAUGGACAUCGGUUUGCAUCAGGAUCCUGUUUAGGCUCCACGCUGUGUGUGGUGUGUGACAAACCAGCUUCUGGAAAGGACCUUCUGCACUGCUCCGGCUGCACUACAAUUGUCCAUAAGUGCUGUAAGGAAUCCGUCCCUCCGUGCUUGAAGAAACUUCAGGAUAAAUAUGCCGUGACCAUGGUGAAAAACAAGACCGCAUCCCUCCCACAGAACUUCACAGUAAGAGACAGUCCUACUCAGUCUAUGAUCCAUAUUUCUUCCUCUCAACCCGUCAUGAUCCCAAAGGAGAAGAAGGAAUCAGUGGCAUCGUCUUGCUCUCUCUCUGGGAGUCUCCCCACCAGCGACAGUCUGCUCAGCGAGAGUUCAGAGACAGAAUCUGAUGCCCUGAAACUGAACAGCCAUUCAGAAGAGCUCCUGCCAACCCCGGUGUCCUCUGCCUCCAACGAAUCAUUCUUUGGAGAUGACUGUGUGGACUCAUUUAUUCCCAGUCCUGGCGACAUCUCUGCUGACUCUGCAGAUUAUGAGUCUGAAUCGUGGAGUCUGAUAGUUGAGCACAGUUUCUGUAAGAAGCAGGACAAACGGGUUGUCAAGAGGCAGGACGUUAUCUACGAGCUGAUGCAGACUGAGCUCCACCACUUCAAGGUUCUGCACAUCAUGGCCGAGGUUUUCAGGCGGGGGAUGAUGGAGGAGGUGCAGCUGGACAAAGAAGCCGUGGAGAAGGUGUUCCCCUGCCUGGACCAGCUGCUCCUCCUCCAUCACGCCUUCUUCGCUGCCAUGAAGGAGCGACGACAGAACUCAGCACAGCCCCAAGGGCACAGGAACUACCUGAUCCAGACCAUUGGAGACAUUUUGCUCCAGCAGUUUUCAGAUGACAACGGGGACAAAAUGAAGCAGAUUUACGGAGACUUCUGCAGUCGUCACAAUGAGGCGGUCAGCUUUUUCAAGGAGCUCCAGCAACACAACAAAAGAUUUCAGAGCUUCAUUAAGCAACAAGUCAGUAACUCUUUGGUGCGGCGGAGAGAAAUCCCAGAGUGCAUCUUGCUGGUGACUCAAAGAAUCACUAAAUACCCCGUGCUGCUGGAGAGGAUCCUACAUUAUACUGAAGGAGAGACGGAGGAGCAUGCCAACCUUUCCAAAGCUCUGGCUCAGAUUCGAGAAGUGAUAGCAGCCGUGGAUCUUAGAGUCAGUGAAUAUGAACGGGACCAGAGGUUACAGGAAGUAUGGAGCCGCAUGGACAAUCGCAGCACGGCCAAACUGAAGAGCGGGAAAACCUUCCGCAAGCAAGACAUGAUGGGGGCGGGGCAGACGCUCAGACACGAGGGCCUGCUUUUGUGGAAGACAGCCACCGGUCGACUUAAGGAUGUCCUGGCGCUGCUUCUCACAGACACACUCAUCUUCCUUCAAGAAAAAGACCAGAAGUAUACAUUUGCUGUUGUGGACCAGAAACCUCCCGUCAUCCCUCUGCAGAAGUUAAUAGUUCGGGAAGUGGCGAAUGAAGAGAGGGGGAUGUUUCUCAUCAGCGCCUCGUCUGCGGGGCCUGAGAUGUACGAGGUUCACACUUCAUCCAAAGAGGAGCGGAACACCUGGAUGAGGCUCAUCAGAGAGGCUGUAGAAAGCUGAAAUCCUCAAAGCCGUGCUGUCAUCUAAGACCCCAGUGUGUCAGAUCCAGGACUUGGACUCUGCGUUUCCUGUCGGCUCCACUACACUUUCAGAGUCCAGCUCACCUGAAACCCUUGAAGGCAGCCAGCCUGACGUCUUCCUUCAGUCUGCAGCUGACACACAAAAACACGAUCCCAGCACCUUUAAGGUCGCCCAAAGUGUCCACAGCCUGACUCAGCUCCUGUACAGUUUGCAGGCUGCUGUAACCAUCCAGGACACUUGUUUCGAGGUCCAGCGGCUUCUCCUCCAAGAGAGUGGGCGCCCCUUGUCUCGUCCCCCGUAUCUGCACCUCCCGAGCCUUCGGGGCACCACCUUACUGGAGCAGGAGAAGCAGCGGAACCUGGAGAAGCAGAAGGAGGAAGUGGCGGCCGCUCGCCGGCUCCAGGAGCGACUGCGCCAGGAGAAGGAGCGAUGGGAGCGCGAGUGCCAGGCGAGGGGGAGCCAGCAGGAGGAGAAGGAGAGCAGGCUGGGGGAGCGGGAGAAGCAGUGCCAGCUGGCCGCGGAGAAGCUGAGGCAGGAGAGGGAGGAGCUGGACGAACAACUCGUGGAGUACCAACAAAGUCUGGAGCGGCUCCGGGAAGGCCAGAGGAGCGUGGAGAGGGAGCGCGAGCGUCUGGAGGAUCAGCACAAGCUGCUCCAGGCCUGGAAUCAUGGGCGGCAGAGCAGUCUGCCGGCUGGGAUUCCUCACAUGGUCAUCCCUCUGGAUGGACAACAGGACUCUCCACCAAGUCACUCCAGGGCACAUGCUGGUAACGGCUCUGUGUUUGUGAACGAGGCCGCGUUUGCCAGCUCCAGCUUUAACAACCGCCACUCCUACCACAAAAGGAAUGACCCCAGUGCACACAACUGUUUCAACAGCCUGCUGGCCCGGUCUAACAUCAGUCAGACCCAUGUUGUUGCCCCCCCUCACAGCCAACACGCUCAGGGAUGGAUGAUGGGCACAGAAUACUUCUGCAGCUCCGCCGGACAGAUGGGGCUGCAGCAACCAACCAGUGAGCCUGGCUGUAAUGGAGAGACCUGGAUGUCCACAGCCAGUGGGGCUGACCCAUAUCUUGUGCUGCCGCUUCCCAGUGACCAUCAGGUGGACCUGGUUUCCUUGGAGACAGACAGUGACCAGGAGGAGGAUAGGGAAGAAACCAUUGUGUACCUUUGAAGAACACAGCACCCUGCAGAAAAACCUGGUGCUCAUAAAGGCCUCAGUUUGGGACUGGAUUAGCUUCUAAAGCAUUUUCUUUGUCAUGGAUUUUUUCUGUUAUUCCUCUUUUUUAUACUAAAUAGCAUUAAUGUAAAAUCAGAAGCAGACUGUCUCACAUGUGGCGGACACGUCAGCUCCAGUGUCUCUUUCUCUUCUUCUGUUCUUUUCAUGUCUGUGUGGUUCCAUAUUGACCAUCUCGUCCCCCUGCAGCCACAGCUUUCGCCCAUCCCUGCACCUGCUACUUACCAGUUUUCUCUGGUCCCACACAUCUUAUCCUAUAGGUUCUAAAUUUAAAAAUGAGUUGUCACUCAGAGGGAAAAACUAAACAAAACACACUGACUGCGUCUCUACAGCAGGUGUCUUUUAUUUAUCAGAAGGAUGUUUAUUUCGAAGCUGAGUGGUGAGGAGCUCAUGGUUCACAAACACAUUCAGAAAGUAGCUCUUUGUAUUUUUAACCAGGAGCAGUUCUAGGGGCGGGGCCACAGGGGCAUUGGCCCCAUCUAAAAUCUGAUUGGCCCCCUGAAGUGCCCCUGUCCUUUCACUCAUCUCUCCUUGUCCAAAAACGACGAUGGUGACUGCAGUUCCACUUCCAACCACUAGUGGCGCUAGUGAGUCAAAGAGGAAAGUCAGUUUAUUGGAAAAAAAAUUUUUUUUACUGACAACCAGUGGUGUCACUAGGCSUAUUUUAGGGGGGCUGGAGCCCCACAAAAAAUAUUUUAAAGCCCCCCCCCCCUAAA